AUGUUCUGGGAGGAACUUCGCAUCCUCAUCAAGUACGCGUUGCCAGUCUUUGGAACUCAUCUCUUGGAAUAUUCUCUAGUCAUCGUUCCCGUGGUUUCUAUUGGACAGUUGUCUACCAACGCCCUUGCGGCAGUUAGCUUGGGAUCUAUGACCGCUAGUGUCACCGGCUUUACCGUUUUGCAAGGCUUCUCUGGCGUUCUCGACACCAUGCUCCCAUCCGCUUGGACUUCGCCUCAUCCCGAGUUAGUUGGUCUUUGGUCCCAACGUAUGAACUUUGAUUAAUUAAUUCUUUUCUUGCAGCCAAUGUUCUUGGUUUGGUUCAACGCAGAAACCAUCCUUCUGUCUCUUAGGCAAGAGCCAGAGGUAGCCCACCUGGCAUCAACUUACCUCCGUUGGGUUUCCUUAGGGCUGCCAGGUAUGUAUGUGUGGUUCCCUUUUUGGGUGGUCUGUGUUAUAACAGGAUUGUUCGCAGUCCCCACCCGCAUUAUCUUUGUCGUAGCACCACUGAAUGCUUUCCUGAAUUAUAUCCUUGUUUGGGGUCCUAAACCCAUUCAGCUGGGUUUCAUUGGCGCUCCAAUUGCCACUGCGAUCUCGUUCAAUCUCGUGUCAGCCAUUUCGAUCAUUUAUGGUGUAUUCUUUGUCGACAGAGCGGCAUGGUGUCCUCCCUCGAGGAGAAUGUUCACAGGCUUGGGGCUGCUGAUCCAGUUAGGCUUGAGUGGCGUUGUUCAAACGGCGUCGGAGUGGUGGGCAUGGGAGUUGGUUGGGCUCGCCGCAUCUUUGCAUGGUCCCGCGUCACUUGCCACACAGUCAGUUCUACUAACUUCCUCAUCGACAACCUUCCAAGCGCCCUAUGCUUUGGGAGUGGCCACUUCUGUGCGAAUUGGUAACCUGCUCGGGGAACAAAAGGCCAUGCGGGCUGGAAUGGCGGCGAAGACCGCCAUCAUGUUAGCUCUUGUUCUCUCUAUGAUUCCAAGGCAAGUUAUUAUGGCCUUGCUUUCUGCUAUGUUCCUGGUGUUUCGCAACGUCUGGGGGUACCUUUUCAAUGACGAUCCAGAGGUCAUUACGUUGGUGGCGUCAAUGCUGCCUUUGGUAGCCCUCUUCCAGGUGUUUGAUGCCACCUCAGCGGUGACCGGAGGGAUUAUGAGAGCCAUGGGUAAACAGUUUACGGGAGCCUUGCUGAAUCUCAGCGCAUACUACCUCCUUGGUAUUCCCGUAGGCAUCUGGCUCGCUUUUUGGUGGGACAUGAAGCUACAUGGUUUAUGGAUCGGCCUGACUCUAUCGUUGGUGUAUUGCUCUGUGCUGGGCAUCAUCAUUUGCCUUCGGUCGGACUGGGACUAUGAGGUUAAGAAGGUCAUGAACAGGCUGAAGGCGGAAGCCAAAGCUCGCGAGGAGGAUACGCGCAUGCAUUGCGAUAGGCAUGGAUAUGAUGUGCCUGAGGUGUAG